CCCACGCGCGGGCACGUGACACAUCACGUCGACGCCAUUUCCGCGAAAAAGCUCAACUCAAAAUGGAAUUAUCGCGACGAGACUUUGUGCAGCCCAACGAUGAUGCGGUUGUAGUCGGCAGCAUGGCAACACCUCUCCAUUCGGGCGAGUCCAGCAGCAGCGGCGGCAGUGGCCGGGUCCUGGCCCACGAGACACCGAGGAGGACGAAGCGGCCGUCGGACGAGGGCGUGCGCGCAGCGACGAAGCGCGAGCGAAUCGUCAUCGAGGACGAGGAGGACGAUGAUGUGGGUCCAACGCAGCUGCCCAAGCGCAGCACUGGCCUCGACGAGCACUCGGACGAGGCGCUGCGGUCGAUUUUGCUGAGCAACACCGAGGCCUUCAACAAGGUGCUGGGCGAGAUGCUGAGCAUUGCGCAGGGAGCCGAGUCGAACCAGGACCCUGCCUUUCUCGAGAGCCAGCGUGCUUUUCUUCAGAAACGCAUCGCGGAAAUCAAGGCGAUCCUAGACAAGAGAAAGCAGAGUCCAACCCCCGUCUCGCAGCGGCCGCGGACCCCUGCCUUGGCCUCGUCCUCCCCACGCCAGCCAGCCUCGACCUCACAGCGGCCGUCUGCCUCUGCCUCACAUCGGCCACCUGCGCCGAGCCAGCGACGUCAGGCGCAGCAACUACCGGCCCCAGCGCCCAACAGCAGCGGCAACGAGUACGACUUCGGCUCGGCCGACGACCUGCUCGACGAGGGCAGCCUCCUCGAGGGCGUCCAGACGCCGCCGCUUCCCGUCGUCGAUGAGGCCCACCCGGAUCCCGGUCCCUCGUCCAGGCCCCAAAUCCUGCCCAGACUAGACGAGACUAGAAUUGCAGAGACGAGAACAAAGACGAGAGCGACAGAAGCGCCGAAAGCGAGGCCACAGAGAGACCCCGAGGACUACCCCUGGUCGGCCGAUGUGCGCAAGGCACUCCACAACACAUUCCGGCUCAGCGACUUCCGGCCCAACCAGCAGGAGGCCAUCAACGCCACCCUGGGCGGCUACGACGUCUUCUGCCUCAUGCCCACGGGCGGCGGCAAGAGCCUCUGCUACCAGCUGCCUGCCAUUGUCGAGUCGGGCCGCACCCGGGGCGUGACCAUUGUCAUCUCGCCGCUCAUCUCGCUCAUCCACGACCAGGUCAACCACCUCCUCAAGCUCGGCAUCCCUGCCCUGCGCAUCACGGGCGAGAUGCCUGCGCGGGACCGCGAGCGUGCGCUGGCCGAGAUCUUUGCGCGCGACGCCGCCGCCACGCUGCCCGCCCUCGUCUACCUCACGCCCGAAUUUGUCAACAAGUCGCGCGUGGCCGCCGACAUCUUCACCCACCUCGCACGGCGCAACCGCCUCGCGCGCUUCGUCGUCGACGAGGCCCACUGCGUCAGCCAGUGGGGCCACGACUUCCGGCCCGACUACAAGGAGAUGGGCCAGCUGAAGCGCGACUACCCCGAUGUGCCCCUCAUGGCCAUGACGGCGACGGCCACGAGCCGCGUCCGCCACGACGUCAUCUCCCACCUCAACAUCAACAAGGCCCGCCUGAAAGAGUACCAGCAGUCGUUCAACCGGCCCAACCUGCACUACCACGUGCGCGAGAAGAAGACAAAGGCCAUCGUGCUCGAGGACAUUGCCCGCUUCAUCAAUGGCCAGCACCGCAACGAGUGCGGCAUCAUCUACUGCCUCAGCCGGCGCGCCUGCGAGGACGUCGCCUCGGACCUCGGCCGUGCCCACGGCAUCCGCGCCCAGCACUACCACGCGGGCAUGAGCAAGCGCGACCGCAUUCGUGUUCAGGAGGGCUGGCAGGAGAACGAGUUCAAGAUCAUCGUGGCCACGAUUGCCUUUGGCAUGGGCAUCGACAAGGGCGACGUCCGCUUCGUCAUCCACCACACCAUGCCCACCUCGCUCGAGGGCUACUACCAGGAGACGGGCCGUGCCGGUCGCGAUGGCCGCAGCUCCGACUGCGUCCUCUUUUUCAACUACAAGGACUCCAACGGGAUCCGGCUCAUGAUCGACGAGGGCGAGGGCACGCGGCACCAAAAGGAGCAGCAGCACGACAACUUACGCCAGGUCGUCAUGUAUGCCAUGAACACGCUCGACUGCCGCCGCGCCCAGAUCCUCCAGUACUUUGGCGAGGUCUUUGCCGCCGAGAGCUGCCACCACACGUGCGACAACUGCUGCCGGAUGCAGCAGGCGCCCCACGACGCCGCCGCCAUGGCCCACACGGACGUGUCUGCCAUGGCCACCCAGGCCCUCGGCCUCGUCGACGCCAUCGUGCGCGCCGGCGACUCGGUCACGAUGCUCCACUGCGUCGACGUGCUCCGCGGCUCGACAAAGACGGCCAUCAAGGCAAAGGGCCACGACGAGCUGGCGCAGUUUGCCAGGGCCAAGCACCUGGCGCGCGGCGACGUCGAGCGCCUCUUCCAGCGCCUCGUCGUCGAGGGCGCCCUCGGCGAGCGCUCCGAGCAGAACGGCAUGGGCUUCACCAAUGCCUACAUGACGUACAACCGCCGCGAGGCCGAGGCCAUCAUUGCGGGCCAGAAGCAGAUCCUGAUGCCGAUGAAGAAGCUGACUGCGUCGGAAGCGGCCGCUUCUUCCACGGCGAGGACGACGACAGCAGCAGCAAGAAAGAGGUCCGGCUACCAGCCACGGCCACGGCCGCUAGAGCUGUCGGAGGACGACUUUGAGUACGCGCACGACGAGCUGGACGUGGCCAACUUUGACAUGGAUGCCGAGCCCCUCGUCGCAUCCACUUCGGCAGCUGCGCCUCUGGGCAGCGCACGCCGGGCCGGGGGACACGCCGUCGACCUCGGCUCCGACUUUGACAUCAACGACUUUCCCGAGGUUGUCGAUCUGGACGAUGACGACAUCGAGAACAGCAACAGCGCGGCCACGGCACCGCAGCAGACGGGAGACCUGUUUGAGCAGUGCUACAGCGAGCUCAAGGCGCACCGGCUCCAGGUCAGCCGCGACAAGCGCAUGGCGCCCAGCGAGGUCUACACCGACGAGGCCCUCCAGGAGAUGUCGCUGCUGCUGCCCGUGUGUGAGUGGAGACCGGACCCCUAG